AAAAAAAAAAAAACGCUGGGAUGGCUUUCGACGAAAUUGCUCCCACCAACAGCAAGCCAGACUACCAUAAUGAUAAGUUCGUCACUGAACCCAACGUGACCGAGCCUCAGUCCGACUCGACAAGUAACAGCCAAGAUGGAGGCAUGCACGAUGUCGAGAAACAUGGCGCCGGUAGAAAUUCUCUACCGGUGCCUGAUUUGAAGCGCAAGCUCAAGAGUAGACACUUGCAGAUGAUUGCCAUUGGCGGCACAAUUGGAACCGGUCUCUUCAUCGGUAGUGGAACUGCUAUCGCCAAUGCCGGACCUGCAGGCGCCCUCAUCGCAUACCUCUUCGUCGGAACUAUUGUCUACUCAGUCAUGACCUCACUUGGAGAAAUGGCCACCUACAUCCCCAUCCCCGGUGCAUUCACAUCUUACGCCGCUCGAUUCGUCGACCCCAGUCUGGGUUUUGCUAUGGGUUGGAUUUACUGGUUUUCAUGGGCUAUUACCUUUGCUUUGGAAUUGACGGCGACUGGAUUGAUCAUUCAAUACUGGGAUCAAUCCAUCUCGAUCGGUGUUUUUAUUGCCGUCUUCUGGGUCGUCAUUACCGCCGUCAAUCUGCUCCCUGUCAGCUUUUAUGGUGAACUCGAGUUUUGGCUUUCGACCGUCAAGAUUAUUACGAUUGUCGGAUUCAUGCUUUUCGCCAUUUGUAUUGACGCCGGCGCCGGUCAUCGCCCUUACCUUGGUUUCCAUACUUGGGGCAACCCAGGUGCCUUUGCACCUUACCUACUCAACUCCGAUGGCGCGAAGGCGAAGUUCGUGGGCUUCUGGGCUGUAUUGGUGCAAGCUGGUUUCUCGUACCAGGGUACGGAAUUGGUCGGUAUUGCCGUUGGUGAAUGUGAAAACCCACGCAAGACCAUGCCGUCGGCUAUUCGAAAGACCUUCUACCGUAUUCUGCUCUUUUUUGUCCUCACGAUAUUCUUCAUUGGCUUGUUGGUCCCUUAUACGAAUAAGCGGCUGGCUGCGGGCGGCUCAGACGCUUCUGCUUCACCCUUUGUCAUUGCCGCGGAUCUUGCUGGCGUCAAAGUCUUGCCUGGGAUUAUCAACGGUGUCUUGUUGACCGUGGUUCUGUCCGCAGCCAACUCCAACGUGUACAGUGGAAGUCGUAUUCUCAUCGGUCUGGCACAGGAAGGCUUCGCGCCCAGAUUCCUCAAGAUGACUUCCGCCAACGGUGUUCCCUACUUUGGAGUAGCUGUGACUUCAGCGAUUGGUCUGUUGGCCUUUUUGAAUCUAUCCAACAAUGGCGCCACCGUUUUCAACUGGUUCGUCAAUAUUUCCAGUGUUGCUGGAUUUAUCAGCUGGUCCGUUCUCAACGGCUGCCAUAUCGCGUUUAUGCGCGCCUUGGCUGCGCGCAACAUCUCGCGAGACUUACUCCCCUAUAAGGCCAUGUGGCAGCCAUACUUUGCCUGGUACGGUCUAUUCUUCAACGUGCUGAUUAUUCUCACGCAGGGAUUCACUGCAUGGAUCCCCACAUUCGACGUUUCGAGUUUCUUCGUCGCCUAUAUCAGUCUAAUCCUCUUUGCGGUGCUGUAUCUCGGCCACAAGAUUAUCUUCCGUACCAAGUUUGUGCGGCCGAUUGAUGCAGAUCUUGACACCGGCCGGACUGAACCGGAUAACGCAGUGUAUGAAUCGCAGGAGCCGACAUCGAUCUGGCAGAGGAUUUUCAACUGAGGAGAUCACAUGUACAGAGUGUUUAGAUAGUAUAUGUUAGCUUGUAUGUUA